UGUUGUGAAGAGGACAGCCAUAUUGGUUUAUGCUUCAAUGAUGAGAAUGGAAUGUAAACUCUGUCGACGAUGUUUUCCGUCCAUUGACACAUCUUGUUGGCAUCAUGCAGGGAAAUGCUAAUGUGUAGACCUUUCGUGUGUAGUGCAUGUCUUUACUUUUAUGUGUUUAUUCUCUUUGGACAUAGUCGAUGGCUAGCAAGGUGCAAGUUGCCAAGUUCCCGGUCUACACGAAUGACUUUAGCGAUGUCCCUCGACUAGGGCCAAUAUCUCAUGGACAUUGGAAUAUGGAAGAAAAUGAGAUACUUGAUCGGUUGAAUGAUGAUAGUUCUAAGAACAGAGUGGAAAUUCUGGAACAGUUAAUUAUAACUGUAAAACGAAAUGGUGGACGAUUACCUUACGCCGAGCCCUUGUCAAUCUACAAGGGAUUAGCUCAAGCGCUGUCAGAUUCAAGUUGGGAAAUUCGCCUAAAAUGCAUUCAGCUGUUGAACGAAGUCAUUCCUCAUGCAAAAGAGGAUCUGGACUAUUUCAUGGCUCCUGUCAUACACAAGUUGAUUCCCAAUAUUGGGGACACCAAGGUGACAGUCAAAAGGGCAGUCAUUCAAACCCUUCAUGUCUACAUGAAGUACACACAUGAUGUCCCUGCACUUCUGCGAGAGAUUGUCCGAAUGGGCUUGGAGAGUGACGAUAGUAAAGUCAGAAAAGAAACAGUAAGUGCCUUGCCUGUGAUUUUAACAAAAGAGUUUGCACAUGAAAACUUCUUUGAUGUUAUCCAGUCUUUGGCUAAAAAAGUUGCUUGAUUCAUCUGUAGAGGAUAACCUACAAGAUUCAUCUUUGUUCACCCUUGGCAAGAUUGAGGCAUUAGUUGGGGAGAGAGAAUUCAGCAACUACCUGCAGAAACUGUCGUCCCCAUUGCGUAACUAUUACUUGAAAUUGUCAGGGAAACAGGCAAAUGGGUUCAGUGAAACUCCUACCCAGACCCCAAGACAAGGCCCUACUCCUGUGCAUAGUGUACGCAGAUCAGUACAUGUAUAUCCGGAACCAGAAUUAAAUUAUGAAAUUCCAUACCAAGGAAAUAUGCCGUUCAGUAACAUCAAUGGCUCUGUUCAGCAUGAACGACAUGCACAGUAUAUGGACAGUCUUCAUUUUGGUAUUAUUCCUAGUCAUGUGAUGAACCACAUUAAUGAUCAGGAGAACUUUCGCACUCGUGCACAGGCAGUCGAAGAACUUAAGUCUAUAGUGAAAGGUCUUGAGGAUUAUGAACUUGCUGAAGUUCUCAUGCCAGAAAUGGCACCAUUUAUUAACUUCCUCAGCCAAUUGCUUGAUGAUUCUAACUUUAAGAUUACAAGUGUAACACUGGAAAUUCUUUUCCUUCUUGUGGAGAAGCUUAGAAAGAAUGUAAAGCAUUUUUUAAAACCACUGAUCUCGGCUCUAGCCAAGAGGAUGUGUGAUAACAAAGCAGUUGCCCGACAGGCUGUGAUGAAAGUUGCCAUCAAAAUGAUGCAGAUCUAUGCCCCAAAGCCAGUAUUACAAAUGAUCGCAGAGAACUUGAAGCAUAAAAACUCGCGUGUUCGACAAGAAACCAUCAAUGUGAUUAUUGCUGCUUUGUUGACUUUUCCCAGUUACGAUUUUGACCUUCCGUCCAUAUGUCAAGUUGUGGGUCCGACAUUAACUGAUGGGAAGAGACAAGUGCGUCAAGCAGCCCUUGAGUGUUUUUCAGUCUUGGCCCAGGCUAUGGGAUCAGGUAGAUUACAGCCUCUUGUCCAGGCGGUGGAUCAAGUCGAACUCACCACAGAAGGUGAAGGUCUCAUGGCGGCUGUACAAGCUCGUCUGGCCCGAAGACAGCUUCCACGGCUCAAUUCUGAUGGACUUGUGGAGUAUGCAACUCCAAUUCCAUCAUCAGCAACCCAUCGAACCGCUCCAAACAUGGCCCAAGGUGCAGACAUGGAGUGGAUCUUGUCUGUGAGUGGUACUGGCUCUGCAAGGUCAUCCAGAUCAGACCCACACAUGGAGUUGGAGUCUGUGACAGGGUCGGCACGCUCUACCCCAGCAGUUCCAGACACACCCACCUCUGCCCCCAGAAGGUUCAUGAGUGCGGGAAGGGGAAGGAACAAGUUCCCUUGGGAGGAAGAAAAGGAUGAGAGGACAAGAAUUUAUGAGGGCCCCCCUGGUUCUGCACCAACACAGGCUUUCAUGAGUGAUGACCCGCCUCCAAAGCCUAGGAACACCUGGAUGAAUGACAACGAAGCAGGUCACGAUGCUCGCAGAGUGCCAAAGAGAAGAUCAACGGUCAUGGGAAUCAAUGCUGCUGAAGAAGCUCCAGAACAUGGUUCAUACAUGCAGAUCUACAAACGGAAACAGCAGGCCAACUCCACCAGAAUGAACAACUACGCUCUCUCUGAUCAAGGAGAGACAACUAUUAAAGAUAUCAAAGAAAAUGGCUUCCAUCGUCCUGACCACAAAUCUACACCGCGGCCUUUCCUAGACCCAAUCUCAGCUGACCAGGGGUCAGUGACUGGGGACGACUCCCGCACAGAUGAAGACGAGACACCAAUCUACCUUAAACCAACUCUAGCGUGAGGGUCGGCAACAAGACGCAAAUCCCCUAAGGUUCCUCCCAUCAACCCUUCAUCUUCACCAUCUUACUCCAACAUCAGGGAUGAUGACAG